UAAUGUUUCGUCUUCUUUUAUGUUUUAAACGCUCAGAUCAAAAAUUUUUGAUCUUGGCGUUUAACUUUUUUGAGCGUUCAAGUGCGUUCAUCUCCUCCAAGUUAAACGCCCGAAGCAUUCCCACUUGGCAUUUAACUUGAACGCUCAGAGAUGAACGCACUUGAACGCACUUAGUCGCCUAGUGGGAACCAAGCUUAACGAUCUGUGCCCAGUGCUAUAAGGUUUAUUGAAGCUUCCAUUUUGAAAAGAUUUUCUCGUUAACUGAGCCACAUACUCUUGAUAAGUGCAGGGAGAUUGCUCUACAUAGUUCGCUGCUGGACCCACUUUUUGUGCUUGUAAAUAACAUUUAAUCAAACCACAGAGACAACGAUUCAAUCAGAUAACUAUGCAGUUAAAAACGUGGUCGAAAACAAACAGUUAUUGAAUUCGUUGCCAUAUGUCAUUGAUAGCUUGAAUUCCUUGCUGAUGCAGCAAUACAUUUGUAAUGAUUCAAAGUUUGUUGCAUUGGAUAAUCUUCAAUCGUUGUUCACAGACACACACUUAUUAUGAGACAAGAAACAGCUGAUAAGGAACUCGGAACUUUGGCUGCAUACCAUUAGCAAAGAAACUUUCAGUUCUGUCUCAGAAAAGUUAGGGAAACUCUUUUAAUUCUUUGAUGGAAAGAAUAUUCUUACUUGUAACUUUCAAACAAUAGUUUUCCUGUAUAACCAAGCAUAGGGGGAAAAUGCGUGACGUUGAACGUAACAAUCAGAACGAGGCAAUAUGAAAGCGAGGACAUUCCUAGAAAGAAAUGUUUUUAUUUUAGACGGAAAGCAAUUUGGUAGUAUUUAUGGCAUGCUUGGUAGAAGAAAACGCAUUUACCUCUCUUGUUUGCAAUACCGAAUCAGCUAAUGGUAAAUUUUUAUCUUUCACGAAAGUGGAAAAGGGUACUCUAGUAAUCAGUGCCACAGAUGGAAUUCGACUUUGGCAGAUAGAGCUGUGUGAUGAUGACUUGAAAAGCUAUAGCUCUGCAGCUGGAUUAGACUCUGAAGAAAAAUACCUCGAUAUUAUCAAAGAGUCAUUCCAGAAGUCUGAUGUCAACAUUUCUGUCCUACCACAAAGGAUGGUGCUCUAUUUUGGCAGCAAACCAGGCAGCAUUUCAUUGGAUUUAUUUGAAGCUGCUUGCGAACAGAAAAAAUUUGGCUUACAGGAACUUUUGUUUAAGCUAGCAGACAACAUUAAGACUCUUGAGAGACAGCUAUCAGAGGCUUCCCAGAAACUAAAACAGGUAGAAGAUGCAAAUAAGAUGGAGAGUCCACAGUCAAGUCCUUUCAAAGAUUCAGGUACAAAAAGAUUGAAAACAGUCCCAAAACCAAGGCAGUUAAAAGGAAGUAGUGUGAUCAAUCCUGGGAGCAAAAGAAAGAAAGCUGCACAGGGUGUCCUGUUUGAGUGAUACUGGUCACUACUUCCUUUGCAAAGAUCAUAUGGUAUAAAAUUGUGCCAUUAUGCUGAUACAAACAUAACAUUUUGUGUAUACAUUAAAUUUGAUAUUGUAAGGUGAAAUGGGUCAUUGUGUCAUUAUUGGUAUUGUUUUAUGUAAAAAUCUGUUUUUGAUUUUACAAGGCAUAAUUUCAGCAGUAGUUAAAAAGGCUA